GUUUUUUGGCUCAGUUCUAUCUUCUCUUACUAUUCCAUAUACCCUUUCACCCAACACUCCAAAACCAUCUUCACUUUGCCAUCACUGAAGACCACGGACCUUCCACCUUCCGGCACCGUUUUCCGGCAAUCCGGCACCGUCCUUCCUGCUUUAUCAAUCGUUUACUUCUGGGUGUUCUGUUCUGUUCAAUGCGUCAUACUUUUUUAUUUCUUCCGCUUUUUGGAAGAGUUUUAGAUUCUUGUGUAAGGAAAAAAGUUUGGUUUUUUGUUUUACCCUAAUGGACAUGGAGAUGGCUACAGUUGAAUCAAUAGAAAAGAUUCCUUUACAAGAUCCACCUGAAGAAGAGUUCUCUUCUGCUGACUUAACUUGGACCAAGUUUGGGAAUGCUGAACACCAUGAUGAGGUUGCCCUUAUCCCUUACGACAGAGUUGAUGCUUUUAUAAUUGGUGAGUGCUGUAACGUGUUGUGCCCGACUCGGUUUCAUAUCGAGAGAGGAAGGAAACGAACUAUUGGCACCUUGAAGGAGUACAAGGAUGAUGAAUACCUUGAGUACAGGCUGUACUGGUGCUCGUUUGGUCCAGAAAAUUAUGGGGAGGGUGGAGGCAUAUUACCUAGUCGGAGAUACCGACUUAAUACCCGAAAUCGUGCUGCUAGACCUCAAUCAAUGCGAGGUUGUACCUGUCAUUUUGUUGUCAAACGUCUUUAUGCCCGUCCGUCACUCGCACUUAUUAUAUACAAUGAGAGGCGUCAUGUUAACAAGUCUGGUUUUGUCUGCCAUGGACCACUUGAUAGAGAUGCCAUUGGCCCAGGUGCCAAAAAAAUUCCAUAUAUAUGCAAUGAAAUUCAACAGCAAACAAUGUCCAUGAUAUAUCUUGGCAUUCCGGAAGAGAAUAUCUUGGAGAAACACAUUGAAGGAAUUGAGCGAUAUUGUGGUUCAAAUGCAAAAGUCAAUAGCCUUGCUUCUCAGUAUGUUCACAAGCUAGGCAUGAUUAUCAAAAGGUCUACCCAUGAGCUAGAUCUUGACGAUCAAGCUAGUAUCCGCAUGUGGGUUGAACGCAAUAGAAAAUCUGUAUUUUUUCAUCAAGAUACUUCAGAGUCAGACCCCUUCAUCUUGGGGAUCCAAACAGAAUGGCAGCUACAGCAAAUGGUUCGUUUUGGUCAUCGCAAUGUUGUUGCAGCAGACUCGUCCUUUGGUGUAAAGAGGCUUAAAUAUCCCUUGUUCACACUACUUGUUUUUGAUUCAAGACAACAUGCACUUCCUGUCGCAUGGAUCAUUACGCGUAGCUUUGCGAAGCCUGAUGUGUCUAAGUGGCUUAACGCUUUAAUUGACCGAGCUCGUAGUGUUGAGCCUGGAUGGAAAGUCAGUGGAUUUUUAAUUGACGACGCUGCAGCUGAUAUUGAUCUUUUGAGAGAUAUAUUUGGUUGUCCUGUCCUAUUUUCACUAUGGCGUAUACGUAGAUCAUGGCUAAGAAAUAUUGUCAGGAAAUGCAAUAAUAUUGAGGUUCAACGGGAGAUUUUUAAGCGUCUGGGGACAAUAGUGUACAGCAUUUGGGGAGGCACAAAUACAUCAGUUGCUUUGGAACAAUUCAUGCUGGAUUUUGUUGACCAAACUGAUUUCAUGGAAUAUUUCAAAGUCUCCUGGGUGCCCAAGAUUGAAAUGUGGCUUUCUAUGAUGAGAAAUUUUCCGUUAGCAAGUCAGGAAGCUUCUGGAGCAUUAGAAGCCUACCAUGUUAAAUUGAAAGCCAAACUUUUUGACGAUUCACAUCUUGGAGCGCUGCAAAGAGUAGAUUGGUUAGUCCACAAGUUAACAACUGAGUUACAUUCAAGCUACUGGCUUGAUCGUUUUGCUGAUGAAAGUGAUUCUUUCCAGAAUGUAAAGGAGGGAUAUAUUGCUUCUACGUCAUGGCAUCGAGCACUUCAAAUUCCUGACUCUGCUGUCUCCCUAGACGAUAAAGACCGUCUCUUUGCCAAAGUUGCAAGCCAGAAAGACAGAAGCUUAAUACAUAUUGUGUGGAAUCCGGGAUCAGAAUUUUCAUUCUGUGACUGUUCUUGGUCUUUGCAAGGUAACCUUUGCAAGCAUGUCCUCAAAGUAAACAUGAUUUGUGACAAUCUACAAGGUUGUCAACGAUCAAUGUCUUUUCGGUCAUUUGAAGAGGUUUUGAUGGAUCUAUGGAGGAAACCAGUGGAUGAUUCGUUUGCGUUGGACGUCUCAUUGGCUUGGACUCACCAAAUGCUAGAUCAAAUCCAAAAACUUGUUGAACUGAAUAAUUCUACUGAUAUUGGCACUGUAGUUACCAAUAUGCCUCUGAAGUGGGUGUCAAAGAAAGGAAGAACCUACAUUGGCAAAAGAUCUUCAGUUUUAUCUACUCCAGGUAACCGUAACACAGACAGUGUUGUUACACAUAAGAAGAAUCGGAAGCGAAAAAGAUUGUCACGACUAAGUUGACUGAGCAUAGUUAUCAGUCAGAUAGAAUGGAAGAAACAAAAGCUAUUCUGGUGCAUAUGUUUUCUUCAGCCUUUAUACCGGACAAUACUUGUAGGUGAUCUCACUGGAAAUUGUGUAGUGGCGGUUAUUCUCUAGUCAUUCAUUUUUUUCUUUCUUUCUAAUUUCCACACAAUCAUAUGCUAGCAUAAUUAUUCAUUUAUUGAAUCUUUUUAUAUUGCACCAUCUCCAACUUUUUAAUUUGAAGUCCUUUCAAGUGCUUAGUUCACUGAAGAAGAUAGAUCUUUCUAUGGAUUAUUUCUCUU